AUCGCAAGCAUUAUAUUCACGUGAUUAUAUUGAUGUGCUCGUCUUUCAUCGCAGUAGUCUUAGGGACCGCUGGCAAAUAUCUGUUCUCUCUCUUAAGCCAUGACUGCCGUCGUCAUUAUUUAGGGAUGAGUCUUCUCAUUACCAUGGGGUCAGUAUAUUUUCAUGAUUUAGAGAUGUUUCUUGUCAUCACCAUAGGCGAACUCCGAUCACGACUGAAAACACAUGCGUGCCUGUUCCUGGCAAAGCUUUCUACACACCAUAAUUAACCUUUCAACUCAUGCAUAAAAGACAGCCAUAUUAUCGGAUGAGCACUCAGUGGAUCCCCUGUUCUUUUCGCGUGAAAUGGCCAUCAAGUUUCUGUAUUCCUUUAUCGCUGCUGCUGUCAGCACCACAGCAGUCCUCGUCAACGCCAAGGCAUCUGCGCCGCUCCGGUUCGCAGGUGUGAAUAUUGCAGGCUUUGACUUCGGUUGUGGUACAGAUGGCACUUGCGUUGCUUCAGGCGCUGUUCCCCCUAUUCACAAACUAUCCGGUAUUGAUGGCUUGGGCCAAAUGCAACAUUUUGUCAAGGACGGCUACAAUGUGUUCCGUCUCCCUGUUGGUUGGCAGUAUCUCACUAAUGACAAGAUGACUGGCGUAUUGGAUGCGACUCAGUUUGCCAAAUAUAACACCCUGGUGUCCGACUGUCUGAGCACUGGUGCUUACUGUGAGAUUGAUAUCCACAAUUACGCCAGGUACAAUGGGCAGAUCAUCGGCCAAGGCGGUCCAAGCAACAAAAUCUUCGCUCAGCUCUGGUCCAACAUUGCCUCACACUGGAAAAACGAGACGAAAGUCAUCUUUGGGGUCAUGAACGAACCUCAUGAUAUCCCGAAUAUUACCGCUUGGGCGGCGUCCGUCCAGAGUGCAGUGACAGCCAUCCGGCAAGCUGGCGCUAAAACUCAGAUGAUUCUCCUCCCAGGGACAGACUAUACUUCUGCGAAGACUUUCGUAUCCAGUGGUUCUGCUGAUGCCCUUGCCAAGGUGAAGAACCCCGACGGCACAUUCACCAACCUCAUCAUGGACGUCCACAGGUACCUCGACUACGACGGCUCUGGCACCAACGCUGAGUGCGUGACCAACGGCAUUGAUGACUCAUGGACCCCUCUGGCCACCUGGCUCCGUGCACACGGUCGGAAGGCCUUCAAUACGGAGACUGGCGGUGGGAACGUAGAAUCUUGUGUGAAAUAUGUAUCGCAGGAGAUCAGCUACCAGGCUUCUCAAUCUGAUGUUAUCCUCGGCUACAUUGGGUGGGCGGCUGGCUCGUUCGCCACGAACUAUGUGCUUUCUCAGGUGCCUUCCUACAGCGGCACCGGCUGGAAUGACACGCUCUUGGUCUCGAGGGCCAUGUCACCCAAAAUUAAUAAGCUCAUUGCAACCGUAGCAUAAAAUUGGUGUAGAGUAUUUUACGGCCUAGACAUUUUCUGUAAUGGUGACCGGAUUUAAGGAACGUCUGAGACGUCAUCCUGUUUAAUAUUCCCCAUGUUAGUGUGAUGUGAUUGAUUAAUGAUUAAUUAAUAGUUCUGC